AUGAGUGUCGGCUUUGACCAUGUGGAUGUGGCUGCACUUCGCGAACGUAACAUUCCUCUCGGUUACACUCCGGAUGUAUUGACGGAUGCGACGGCCGAUCUGACUGUCUUGUUGACCUUGGCUGCUGCACGUCGCAUGAAGGAAGGCAUGAGCGCUGCUGCUAACGGAGAGUGGGGAGCAUGGCGACCUACUUGGUUGUGUGGAUCACAGUUUACGGGCAAGACACUCGGAGUUAUCGGCAUGGGACGUAUUGGAGAAGCUGUUGCACAUCGCCUUAAACCUUUUGGCGUGUCUCGCAUUCUGUAUUGGGGCCGUCGUGAAAAGCCAGAGUUGCAAGGACGCUUGCCUGGCGCCGAGUUCAAGGCAUCGUUGGAUGAUGUGCUUGCCGAGGCGGAUUAUGUUGUCGUUUUUGUAAACACUGCGCGUGGUGGCAUUGUCCAGCAAGAUGAUCUGACGCGUGCUUUGGAAGAAAACUUGAUCGCUUCCGCCGGUCUGGACGUAACAACGCCAGAACCACUUUCACCAGAUCACAAACUCUACAAGUUGCCCAAUUGUGUGAUUGUACCACAUAUUGGUAAUGCGACGUUUGAAACACGCGAACGUAUGGCCGCAAUGUGUGUUGAGAAUGUUUAUGCAGCCUUGAACAACCAGAAUAUGCCAUACAAAUUCGCGUUUAAACUGAUACAACUUGAUCAAAAAUACAAACUGCUACGAAAGGGCUACACAGUGAUCGAUUGUGGCGCGGCGCCCGGUGGAUGGACUCAAUAUGCAGCAGAAAAGGUGAAAAAGGACGGAUGUGUCAUUGGCAUUGACCUGCUACCCAUGGAUCCUGUACCGAACGCACACAUCAUUAAAGGCGAUUUCAUGCGACCGGUUGUACGAAGAAAGAUUUUAGAGUUAAUCGAGGAGCGGCCAGUGGAUCUGGUAUGCUCCGAUAUGGCACCAAGCUUUUCUGGAAAUCAUAUGGCGGAUCAUGCUCGUUCUAUUGAAUUAUGUGAGGCCGUGCUGGCAUUCGCACAAACCGUGUUGGCUCCCAAUGGCUCUUUUGUUGCCAAGGUUCUAAUGGGGGGCGAUUGGGUCGAGUUUCGUCAAAAGUUGCGAUCCCAAUUUACCAAAGUCAAGCAAGAAAAACCCCAUGCAAGUAGAAAACAAAGUACAGAGAUAUUUCUAGUAGCAACCGGAUUUAAGAUAGAUCAAGAUAAUAGUAGUAGUAGUAGUACAUAG